GAAGAAAAUUUACUGAUAAAUAUUUUGGAAGAAACGGGAGAAAUGGGAAAAAAAUCAUCCGAAAUAAAUUGGAAUAGUAUAUACGAACAAUUUAUCGAGAAAAGAGGCAGGAGCGACAGAGAUAAAAAAGCGCUACAAGAAAGAUAUAGAAAUUACAUAGAUCCUAAAGUACGUUUGCCCAAUAAACGAAAAAAAUUUACCUUUACAGAGAAUCAAACCCGUUCAAUAAUUGAUUAUAAAAAAAAUGGAAAAAUCGGCUGGAAAGAAAUAUCCGAUAAACUUAACGAGGUUAUUGAUAUGCAAAAUGAGCUUAACAAAGCGAGUGAUAAGGAAAUUAAGCUCCUCCCCUGCUGUACGCCAAAUCAAGUAAAGAUAAAAUAUAAUGCCGUAAUAAAAACAAUAAAAG